AUGCCUCAGCCUCUGGUCUCCCACAUCUACACGGCGGAUCCUUCUGCCCACGUCUUCAACAACAAACUAUACAUCUACCCUUCCCACGAUCGGGAGACAACCAUUGCCUUCAACGAUAAUGGUGACCAAUAUGACAUGGCCGACUACCAUGUCCUCUCCAUGGACACGGUAGGAGGUCCAGUAACUGACCAUGGCAUCGCGCUCCAAGACAGCGAUGUCCCCUGGGUAUCCAAGCAACUCUGGGCCCCCGACGCAGCAACCAAGAAUGGAAAAUACUACCUCUUCUUCCCAGCCCGAGACAAAGAAGACAUCUUCCGCAUCGGCGUUGCGGUUUCCGACAAACCAGAAGGCCCAUUCACCCCGCAAGAGAAUUUCAUCACUGGCUCCUACAGCAUUGACCCCGCGGUCUUUGUUGAUACAGACGCAGACAACCAAGCAUACUUAUACAUGGGCGGUAUCUGGGGUGGCCAGUUACAAUGCUGGGUCGAAGGUGAAGGAACCGUUCAACUCGAUAUGGACGGCAAUGAAAAGCAACUUGUCUUUGACAAAUCCCUCUCCGGUCCCCAGGAGCCAUCUGGUGAAGACGUACGAGCCCUCGGUCCUCGCGUCGCGAUUCUCAGCGAUGAUAUGUUGAGUCUUGCAUCGCCCGUUCGAGAGAUAAGACUCCUGGCGCCGGAGACUGGGGAGCCGAUCUUGGCAGAUGAUCAUGAAAGGAGAUUCUUUGAGGCGGCGUGGAUGCAUAAGUACCGAGGAACGUACUAUUUCUCGUAUUCGACGGGCGAUACGCAUUUCCUGGCUUAUGCGACGGGAAGUUCGCCUUUGGGCCCUUUCACGUACAGGGGGAAGAUAUUGGACCCGGUACUUGGAUGGACGACACAUCACUCGAUUGCGGAGUUUGAGGGCAAGUGGUGGUUGUUCUACCAUGACUGCGAGCUGUCUGACGGAGUGGAUCAUCUGAGAUCAGUGAAGAUGAGAGAGAUUGUGUAUGACGACGAAGGCGAUAUUCAUCUAGCUGUAUAA